CACUUCCUCGGUACUCCCUUGCUUGUCGGCGGUGUGUGACCCCGGAGUUUUCCUUCCGCGGAUAGGUCUGCUGUCAUACAGCCACCAUGUUAUCUCAUUCGCGGUGUCUCUCCAGGAACUUCGGCCGCUCCCUCUCCGCUAUCCGCCAGGGUAAUAAUGCAUUAGCUCGUCGGGUCACGGCAGUUGUAUCAGCUAGCCCUUCAAUCGCGCUCAACAACAAUGUAAAAUCUGAUCCGCGCUCCAGUAUCUUCCAAAUCCAGUACUUCAGGACGUCUGUGGCGUACAGAGAUGAAGUCGUCACAGUAAAGACCCCUGCGUUUGCAGAAUCUGUCACAGAAGGGGAUGUAAGGUGGGAGAAAGCUGUUGGAGACACGGUCGCAGAGGAUGAGGUGGUGUGCGAAAUUGAGACCGAUAAGACCUCAGUGCAAGUUCCCUCUCCUGUUGCUGGAGUGAUCGAGGAGCUUUUGGUCCCUGAUGGCGGCAAAGUUGAGGGAGGAACUCCUCUUUUCAAGCUCAGAAAAGGAGCCGGUGCUCCCAAGGCUGCAGGAGCUCCAAAAGCUGAGGCCCCGGCCGCUGCAGCCCCUCCGCCACCUUCUGCUGCCCCAGCUCCCCCUCCUCCCCCCUCAGCUGUGGGCCCCAUUCCCACCACCAUGCCCCCUGUGCCACCUGUGCCAGCACAUGCUAUGGACACCAAACCAGUUUCAGCCAUCAAGUCCACAGCUGCUCCUGCUACACCAGUGGCCCAAGCAGAUGGGGGAGCUAAAGGAGCCAGGACAGAGAGCAGGGUUAAAAUGAACCGCAUGAGACUAAGAAUUGCCCAGAGACUGAAGGAAGCCCAAAACACCUGUGCCAUGUUGACUACAUUUAAUGAGGUCGACAUGAGCAACAUCUCAGAAAUGAGGAAGACUUACAAAGACGCCUUCCUGAAGAAACACAACAUCAAGUUGGGCUUCAUGUCGGCAUUUGCGAAGGCCGCUGCCUACGCUCUGGCCGACCAGCCCGCUGUCAAUGCUGUAAUUGAUGACACAACCAAAGAGAUUGUGUACAGGGACUACGUCGACAUCAGCGUGGCAGUGGCCACGCCAAAGGGUCUGGUGGUCCCUGUAAUCCGAAACGUGGAGGGAAUGAAUUUCACAGACAUUGAGAAAGCCAUCAAUUUGUUGGGAGAAAAGGCCCGUAAGAAUGAGCUGGCUGUUGAGGACAUGGACGGAGGAACCUUCACCAUCAGCAACGGUGGCGUGUUUGGGUCCAUGUUUGGGACACCUAUCAUCAACCCGCCGCAGUCGGCUAUUUUAGGAAUGCAUGGCAUCUUUGACAGGCCGGUUGCAAUCGGUGGCAAGGUGGAGAUCCGUCCCAUGAUGUACGUUGCCCUGACGUACGAUCACCGUCUGAUCGACGGCAGAGAGGCCGUCACUUUCCUGCGUAAGAUCAAGUCGGUGGUGGAGGACCCCAGGGUGCUGCUCCUAGACAUGUGAACCCCUUGUGGACUCCAGGCCCAACUAAACAAACCAUCCCACAACAGUGGCUGUACUCUGCUGAUGAACAUUACAGUAACUGCGGAUGAUGUAUAGCUGUAUUGGUUAACUGGGAGAAAAGGGAUUUUUGGCGGAACAGGGGGGUUGUGUGAUGGACAUUUCGUCAGACUGGCAGUGGUUUAAGUAUUGGUGCUGUUGUGGAGAAUUUUCAGGGUCUGGGGGUCUUAUGUUGUGGUGUCUAGAUCAAAAGAAAGGAUAUUCUAUAACUCAUGUCAGCUAUUUGUCAUUUCCAACAUGCAACUAAAUAAAAUGUUACAUUGUGAGAUGAAUGGGGGGGGGGGGAAUUGUUCCAAUGGUAUAGUAUCAUUUCAUUCCUCUGGUUGAGAGAAGAACAAUGAGCGCACGUUGGCCUGUACACCAAGAAACACUUGUCCAAAGUGUAGAAAUCCUCCUGAGAAUUAUUGCCAUCUGUUUCACAAACAUGAAAGAAAUGUUUUAAUGCUGUUAAACAAAGAUUAUUUAAGAAAAAUAAAGUUUUAAACAAUAAAAACGGCAUUACUCAACUGUA